GCGUUGAGCAUUAUUUGUGUGGUGAAGUGUAAAAUACUGCCGGUAGAACAUCUAGUACUCUCGCGCUGAGAGGGCGGGCUCUAGGCUCAGGUUGUAUUCGCCGGUAAGACUGAAGAUACAUUCAAACGCACGGAUACAUCGUCAAACACAUGAGAGGAACAGGCACCCAAAGGGAAAUAUUGUUUACUGACAUAAAUCUCACAAGACAUCCUUCUCCAGAAUCUGAACAUGUGCCAGGAACUGUGAAUAGUGGAACACUGGUAUGUGCGAGUGAUGAGAUGUCAUCUUUAGAGGAUAUUUUUUCCACUAACCAGUGCCCAACUGCUGUCUUUACCUCCCAAGGCACUGAUGUCACUCCAAAUAGUGACCGGGGUGUAUGUAAGAUUGUGAAUCAACAUGGUGUGGAGGGUGAAAGACCAAUGAUUGGGGACAAAGUGUGUGUCCACUACACAGGCAGACUCCUUAAUGGGAAGAAGUUUGACUCCAGUUUUGACCGCAAGGAACCUUUUGUUUUCAAUGUUGGCAAAGGUCAGGUGAUCAAAGCGUGGGACAUUGGCGUGCGUUCAAUGCAGAAAGGAGAAGUUUGCUUGCUGCUUUGUAAGCCCGAAUAUGCAUAUGGUUCAGCUGGUAGCCCCCCAAAGGUCCCUCCUAAUGCCACUCUUGUGUUUGAGAUUGAGCUGUUGAGCAUCAGAGGAGAGGAGCUUACAGAGGAUGGCGGAAUCAUUAGGAGAAUAAAGGUCAAAGGUGAAGGCUAUAACAAUCCGAAUGAAGGGGCCACAGUCCAUGUACACUUGAAGGGUUGGUGUGGAGAUCGUUUAUUUGAGUCUCGUGAUGUAAUUUUUGUGGUGGGAGAAUCAGAGGAUGAGGGUGUUCCUUUAGGAGUGGACAGGGCCAUGGAGAAAAUGCAAAAGGGGGAAUGCUGUUUAUUAUACCUAAAACCCAAGUACGGUUAUGGCAAAGAGGGUAAGGCAGAAUAUGAGAUCGGAUCAAAUGCAGAACUGCUGUAUGAGGUGACACUUAAAGAUUUUGAAAAGGCCAAAGAAUCCUGGGAAAUGGACCUUAAAGAGAAACUUGAAUGUGCUGUUUUGGUCAAACAAAAAGGGACACAGUAUUUCAAGGCUGGACAGUACAACCAUGCUGUAAUUCAGUACCAGCGGAUUGUGAUCUGGUUAGAGAUGGAGUGUGGGGCGGGAAAGGAGCAGCUGCAAGCCAUCCAGGCACUCCUUUUAGUGGCCCAUCUGAAUCUGGCCCUGUGCUACCUGCGCUUGCGCGAGUACUCUCAGGCUGUGGAGAACUGCAAUAAGGUGAUGGAGCUGGACCCAGAGAAUGAGAAAGCGCUGUAUCGGCGUGGUGAAGCACGUCUGUUGCGGAAUGAGUUCAGCCUGGCCCUUGGAGACUUCAGGCAGGUUCUGCAAAUCAACUCCUUCAACCGUGCUGCCCGCAGCCAGAUCGCCGUCUGCCAGUGCAAGAUUCGGGAGCACCAUGAGCGUGAUAAGAAGAUCUAUGCAAAUAUGUUCCAGAGGUUUGCCGAACACGAUGCCAAGGUGGGCAAAUUAAAAAGGAAGAAAGAAGACAGUGGACUUUCAGAUCAGAAUAAGCAGAGUCUAAAGAGUCCUCGUCUAAGUCAGGAUGGCUCCUAAAGCUCAGGAUGCUUCCUCGUGGCCCCAAGUAAGAUAGUCAGGCUGGGGGAUGGCAGGUCCUUCCUCGUUUGCACCAUGAGAGAGGCAGUGGGUAGGGGCACAGAUGAGCCCCUAUAAACCUUGACGUCUUCAUCUCUUGGACUGAAAACAGAUGCUGGGAAAGAUUCUAAUAAAGGUUUUUAGACACUGAGGAACUGCAAACCUAAAUGGCAUUCCUACAAAAACAAACAAACAAAACCAAAGUGCACAAUUCUAUGACCACCUGUAAACCUUGACGGUGGAAGCCUUUGCUCUAAGAGAGGCAUUCAUCAGCUGCAUUAUGGUUUGAUAUUAUACUGCAUUAUAAACUUGAAUACAACCUAGUACCUUACCAUGUACUGUACAGUAUUCAAUGUUAUUACAUUGACUGUGCAUAAUCAGAUUAGAAGUUUAAAUUUGCAUUGGAGAGGUGUGUACCAGAGACUUGUUGUUCUUCUUUUGUAUUAUAUUUGUACAAGUGUGUAUGAUAUUUAGAUGCAAGUGACAAUAGUAGAUAGCUGGACUUAGAAGUGCAAUCCGCCUCCUGGGAAAACCUAUUUUGCAACUCUCCCUGCUUUAUCCUGUGAGGUUGAGUCGCUGCAGGCUAACACACACGUUUGAUACUUUUGAGAGACUUUUGCAUGGUUCUUUACUGCAUUCAGGGAACUUCGAAUAUUUGGGAAUAAAAUUCAAAAUAUAAGUAGGUUAGAUGUAACCAGUGUUGGGGGUAAAUCGAUAAAACUAACGCGCGUUACGUAAUCAGAAUUUUUUUUAGAUUAACGAGUAAAUAAACACAAUAUUUUUUAUUUUUGACCAUAAUAUCGGAGUUACUUUUUAAAUAAAGUAACGCGUUGCUUUUGUACACCUCUACUGUCCCUGUAUUGCAAGAAAUCAAGUGUGCAAACUUCAGGGAGGAGACAAAGCGCAUGAUUGGCAUUGUAUUUCGAUAGUGUGAGGCCAGAGACUAUUUAGCAGAAAGAGACGAGUCACUUCUAUUUAAAUGAAUGGGAGAAAUUGGAACGCCCAACUAAGAAGCUCUAGCACCCAGCAUUAAUAGGCGUAGAAAAGAAGUCCCGCCUUGCAGGGAAAAGAGCCAAUCACCUUUUAGAUACAGACAUCGCCUGUCAAUCAACUCGCUGAUGCUCAUGCAUUUUUUUUUUUUUUUUUUUUUUGCGUGAUACAACAACAGGUCAACAACAUUCGGUUGAGUGAAACGCGAUUGAUUCAAGUGUUAAUACACACUGCAUUAAAAAAAAAAAAAAAAAAAAGAAA